AAGAUGCCACUGCUUUCCAGAUUUCCUCACAGGGCCCUGCUAAUUCCAUGCCAAAACUGGCAGUGGAUUUCUUCCUUCUAAUCUCCCCUAAUGCCUUAUUCGAUUAUUGUCACUGCUCUCCGACCAUGCACUGUCCCUUCAGACUCUCAUUUCCCAACUGAGUCAGUCAGAGGAGGCUGGGUGUCUGCAGGACAUAAUCUAAGACCACAAACCACCUUGUUCCACGUGAGAAGAAGGAAACAAGAAAGAAGGGAGUCAGGGGAAUCCUGCAAAUUUUUUGGCAACCUCUUUAUCUGUUGGAUUACUGACUUGAGGCAAACAAGGAAUAGAGAUAUGAAGGGUUUGAAAGAUUUCUCCAGUUGAUUGGCAAAGCAGAGCUGGCUAGUAGGGAGGACGACGCUAGGAGGAGGGUGAAUUGUGCAUUUCAGUGCACUGCAGGAUGGCGUCGCCUCUGCCCUGGCUGUGCAUUAUUCUGUGGCUAGAAAGUGCCCUAGGGAAACUCGAAGAUGAAGGCAACUUCUACCCAGAAAACGUCAGUCGGAUCCUGGACAACUUGCUUGAAGGCUAUGACAAUCGGCUGCGGCCGGGAUUUGGAGGUGCUGUCACUGAAGUCAAAACAGACAUUUAUGUGACCAGUUUUGGGCCCGUGUCAGAUGUGGAGAUGGAGUAUACGAUGGAUGUUUUUUUCCGCCAGACUUGGACAGAUGAGAGGUUGAAGUUUGGGGGGCCAACUGAGAUUCUGAGUUUGAAUAACUUGAUGGUCAGUAAAAUCUGGACGCCUGACACUUUUUUCAGAAAUGGUAAGAAGUCAAUUGCACACAACAUGACAACUCCCAAUAAACUCUUCAGAAUAAUGCAGAAUGGAACCAUUUUAUACACCAUGAGGCUUACCAUCAAUGCUGAUUGUCCCAUGAGGCUGGUUAACUUUCCUAUGGAUGGGCAUGCUUGUCCACUCAAGUUUGGGAGCUAUGCUUAUCCCAAAAGUGAAAUCAUAUAUACAUGGAAAAAAGGACCACUUUACUCAGUUGAAGUCCCAGAAGAAUCUUCAAGCCUUCUCCAGUAUGAUCUGAUUGGGCAAACAGUAUCUAGUGAGACAAUUAAAUCUAACACAGGUGAAUACGUUAUAAUGACAGUUUACUUCCACUUGCAAAGGAAGAUGGGCUACUUCAUGAUACAGAUAUAUACUCCUUGCAUUAUGACAGUCAUUCUUUCCCAGGUGUCUUUCUGGAUUAAUAAGGAGUCCGUCCCAGCAAGAACUGUUUUCGGGAUCACCACUGUUUUAACUAUGACCACUUUGAGCAUUAGUGCCCGGCACUCUUUGCCAAAAGUGUCAUAUGCCACUGCCAUGGAUUGGUUCAUAGCUGUUUGCUUUGCUUUCGUCUUCUCUGCUCUUAUCGAGUUCGCAGCCGUCAACUACUUUACCAAUCUUCAGACACAGAAGGCCAAAAGGAAGGCACAGAUUGCAGCCCCACCUACAGUGACAAUAUCAAAAGCUACUGAACCUUUGGAAGCUGAGAUUGUUUUGCAUCCUGACUCCAAAUAUCAUCUGAAGAAAAGAAUCACUUCUCUGUCCUUGCCAAUAGUUUCAUCUUCUGAGGGCAGUAAAGUGCUCACUAGAGCGCCCAUUCUACAAUCAACACCUGUCACGCCCCCACCACUCUCUCCAGCCUUUGGAGGCACCAGUAAAAUAGACCAGUAUUCUCGAAUUCUCUUUCCAGUUGCAUUUGCAGGAUUCAACCUUGUAUACUGGAUAGUUUAUCUUUCCAAAGAUACAAUGGAAAUGAGUAGCAGUGCUGAAUAGCUUGCAGCCAGGACAACCUGAAUUCUCUACGUUCUUGUUUCCUGUUUCCUAUAUUUUCUUAAAAAAUAGUAUUGAGACUUGUGUAGAUGCUUUUCAGAACACGAAAUCAAAUUGGAAAUCUGUAACGCAGCUUCAGUAAGCAUGUGUGGGCAAAAAAGCAAUAAUCCUACUCCUCGAAAUAGAAAGUUGAAGGUUGCUGAAAAAUAUGACUUUUCUUAUGUCAGAAAAAAAUUUUGUGAGGAUAAAAUGGGUUCAAGAUGAAUCUGUCAACCUUUGUCUUUCAUUGUUCAAUAUUUUUAAUCGUCACUGUGAAUAACAUUUACCACAAGGCAGAUAAAAUAAGAAAUGCUGACACUUCCAAAGGUUGCCUUAAAAUAUGUUUAUUUUGGCUUAGUUCCCAAGAGAGCAAAAUAUAAAUACAGUCUAAAUUUUUAUCAGUAGGUUAAUACCAGCAUGUUGGAGGCCUUUAUGCUAGUAAAAUGGCUUUCAGUGGCAUUGUAAAGCCUAUGUUGAGCUUGGCCAUUUGUUUUUAACCUCGCUGUGCUCUUUUACCUCAAUAAAAUGUGGUGUUUGUAUACAUAUAAAUUAUACAUAGCUCAUAAAUUAUGUAUGCAUAUGUACAUAGCUGUAGUUGGACUAAAAUUCAGUGUAUUUUAUCCUACCAAAUUCUCCUUUUAAAAUAAUACACUUACUAUAAUUCUAUGAGGUUGUAGAAAAAAGUAGUCAUUAUAAGGAAGCGUUAUAUAUUAUGACUGUGGUUAUCUCUUGUGUUUUCCACAUUUCUAAUUAUAACACUAAAUAAAACAACAAUUAACAUG